AUGAAGGUACUCAAAAUGGAGGAAAUGAGCCCAAUCCUGAACUCUUCACUGCUUCGCAUGAGGGAAACUUCGACUAUUGCAACAUUUGUUGCAGUUCGUAACACAAGUAUUGUUGCGAGCAAGGUUGCUAGCAACGCGUAUGAGUGGAGGUUCAUACUACCACCGUACAUCCUGAUAUUCAUGCUGUCCAUAUCAGGAAACUGCCUUGUUAUAGCGACCUUAGCUAGCAACAGAAGAAUGAGGACAAUCACGAAUGUAUAUCUCUUGAACUUGGCAAUAUCAGACUUCUUGCUGGGUGUAUUCUGUCUACCUUUCACACUAGUCGGACAGAUAUACAGAAGGUUCUUAUUUGGAGCACUCAUGUGCAAACUUAUCCCGUUUCUACAGGCGGUAUCUGUGUCAGUCGACGUGUGGACAUUGGUCGCGAUAUCUCUUGAGAGAUACUUUGCGAUCUGUCGACCUCUAAAGUCCAGAAAGUGGCAGACACAGUGCCAUGCCUACAAAAUGAUUGCCAUGGUUUGGAUCUUGUCCAUCGUUCUGAAUUCACCAAUCCUGAUCGUCUCUGAUCUUCAGCCUAUGAGGGGCAACGUUUGGGAGAGCCAUGCUUCGGCACGGAUGGGUCGGCUCGACCGGAGUUAUACCACGGCCUCACAGAAAACCGGCGUGAAACAACCACAACGUUGUGUUUCGCCGUGUGAGUGA